AUGCAAAAAGUGUUCAGCAAACCGAAGAUCGCUUCUACCAUCAGGGACCAAGGGGAAUUGGAGAAGCUUUUGAAUAUUAGAAACAUUGUUAUACCGGUAAUGGGUCCCACAGGAGUUGGAAAGAGUACUUUUAUCAACGCCAUUGUUGCAAAAGAGUUCGAUGAGAUAGACAGCUCAUCGAUGAAACCUUGUCUUAUGGAGGUUGGACAUGGCCUUGUUUCCUGCACAAAGGAUGUACAGGCGUCUUGUAUCAAAUCCCCUAUGGACCUCGUUCGCAUGCAGCAGAUGCUAGAUCACUCGGUCGUUCUUGUCGACACUCCAGGUUUUGACGAUACCUAUCGGGAUGAUUUUGAAAUAUUGCAAAAAAUUGCUGAUUGGCUCAAGGAAUCAUACAAUGACCAACAUGUAAUCGCAGGAGUUAUUUACCUUCACGACAUAUCCUUGGACCGCUUCCCCGGAAGCGCAGCCAAGAAUCUCGAUGUGUUCAAAAGCUUAUGCGGGCGACAAGCGUUCUCAAGUAUAGUGAUGGUAGAGACCAAAGGAGAGAAGGCGUUUCCUGACAGGGUUGAGCGAUACGAUCAAGAGAUGCGAAAUAGUUUUUGGAAAGAUUUGGUGGAGGCGGGAGUGACCAUCCGAAGUUUUGACAACGACUAUGAAUCCGCUCGCUCAGUCGUGGAUUACAUCCUCACGGAGUUCACGCAGAAAUUCAUACUCCAGCUUCAAAAAGAAGUUGCAGAGGACCACAAGCUUCUCCCAGACACCGAUGCGGGCAGGAAGCUGAAGUUGGCGUUGAAAGACGUAUUGGAGCGCUCGCAAGAUUUGCUUUCGAAGUCCAGUGUAUAUAACGUCGACCCAGAGACGCUCAAAGUUAUGGAGGAGACGGUCAAGCUACUCUCAGCCCAAGUUGCUGCAUUGCGCAAACCCUCCCCACUCAAAGCUUUUUUCCAGCGCUUGUCAAAUUUGUUCUAG